AUGUCCCUCCUCACUCACCUGCUGGCAUGCCUGUUCGGGAUGGGUUCCUGGGUCUCCAUCAACGGCCUUUGGGUGGAGCUGCCCCUCAUUGUCCCCCAGAUCCCAGAGGGCUGGUUGCUUCCUUCGUACCUCUCGGUAAUCAUCCAGAUGGCCAACAUUGGCCCCCUCUUUGUCACUGUGAUGCACCGCUUUCAUCCUGGCGCCCUGAAUGAGAUAGCCGUCAUAUAUCUGAUCAUCGGGCUGGGGACUGUGGCGAGCUUCCUGCUGGGGUUCUUCUGGAAGGAGACGGUUGUUGUAGCCGGCCUUCCUCGGAGCGUAGCCCUCCUUGCGUUGACUUUCUUCCUCUCUGUUGUUGACUGCACCUCCUCUGUCACCUUCCUGCCCUUCACAAUGCGUUUAAAACCCCAGUACCUGACCACGUACUACAUCGGGGAGGGUGUGAGCGGCCUCCUGCCUGCUCUGGUGGCUCUGACUCAGGGCGUGGGGGUCGUCCACUGCACUAACAGCACACCGUCACUAAACCACACCAUGAACACUACCAACAGUGCCUCGACCUUUGACCUCAGGGCCGAAUAUCAGCCGGCUAACUUCUCUGUGGAGGUGUUCUUCUUCUUCCUGAGUGCCAUGAUGCUGGUGUGCUUGGUGGCGUUCUUGCUGCUGAACUACCACCCAGCCGUGGCCAGGGAGCACCCAAACACUUGCUACAAAAACGGGGUGAAAGACAAAUCUUUGACAGAGAGGAAGCUGGCCGAGCAGAAGCCCAUGAUGGAUCCCUACAUGGAAGCAAACCCAAAGCCAAGAAGCAGCUUCGGCACCGGCUCAUACAGCUGGAUGCAGGUGUUUUAUAUCUUUGGGAUACUGGCCUGGGUGUGCGCUCUGACCAACACCUUGCUUCCAUCAGUGCAGUCGUACUCCUGCCUGCCGUACGGGAACAACGCCUAUCACUUAUCGGCCACCAUGGCUGCUGUGUCAAACCCACUUGCCUGCUUCAUCGCCAUGUUCUUCCCUAUAAGAUCUCUGGUGUUGAUGGGAGCUCUCACAGUGAUCGGCAGUGGAAUUGGAGCUUACAUAAUGAGCAUGGCUGUGAUGAGUCCAUGUCCACUGCUGGUUAAUGAGACUUCAGGUGGUGUCCUCAUGGUGCUGGCCUGGGUCCUCUUUGUUCUCACUCUAUCGUAUGUAAAGGUGAUCAUAGGUGUGAUCCUACGAGAUGAGGGCCACAGCGCUCUCGUGUGGUGUGGAGCUGUAGUGCAGCUGGGCUCUCUGCUGGGAGCUGUGACCAUGUUUCCUCUGGUCAGUAUUUACAGCUACUUUUCAUCAGGGGACCCAUGCAACACUAAAUGUCCUUAAAGAGGCCACGCAGAAGAGACUGGACGGGAGCCAGGGGAGGCUCUGCACAUGUUGUAUAGAUAUAAACAUUGUAAUGUAGAUUUGUUUUAUAGAUAAGUGUUUGUUGUAUCUUGAUUUAAUUCUUUACAUAUGAAUCUAAAAUGUUAAGAAAGAAGCAAACCACAGAAACACAGUGAACAUAGUGUUGUUAUGAAGCCUCACUGACCAUGCUGCUUUACAAAGGAGGAUCACUUUGCACAUGUUUAGACAAAUGCAUAUUUUUUGUGUGAUGAAUACUUUUGAUUAAUGUUCUUUAAUAUACUUCAAUAAUUAGAACCAUGAUUUCACCCUGAUGACAGUAUAUGAAGCUAUACUAAGUUGCCAAAUCAGUAAUUAUCAGGUCAGCUGUUCCCAAAGAAUAAAUGAAAACAACAGCUUACUUUGCAAUCUAUAAGAACCUGUGGGUUAAAAAGUUAGGCACAGGAGCUUUAAAACUGAAAAUGAAAAGCUGUUCCUUUAGAGCUUUGUCGGUAUUACUGCACAUUUAUUUUUAAGCUUUAUUUUUCAAAGACUGAAACUCAUUCAAAGACUGAAACUCAUUCAAAGACUGAAACUCAUUCAAAGACUGAAACUCAUUCAAUUUUUUUUUAGUUAUGUGAGUACUGCUGUGUCUGUCUGUAGAGGUGUUAUGUUAUGAGGUUAAUAACAUCUGGAGCAGUUUGUAUAUAAAUAUAUUAAGAGAAGUUGUGUUGAAAUAAUGACUUGUAACAAACUAAUUAUCUAACCACAUUAUGUUUUUUGUAUAUAAGCUUUAAUUGAUUUAUUUACUGUAUGAUAAGACAUUACACCAUAAAGAUAUUAACCCAACUUUUUUUACAUGAUCACCUGACUGGACACAAGCUGAACAAUCAAGACAUUCUCUAUAUCAUUUCAAAAUGUGUUUUUUUUUCUUUGUUUUUUGCAUGUCUGUAAAUAAAUGUAGUAAGAAAAAUAAGUCACAGGU